AUGUCGAAUUAUAUUAAUAGUUCAACAACACCUGGUCGAUUACGAAAAUUUUCAGCUGGUAUUUCAAACACCCACAUGCUAUUCGCUAAUGAUGAAAAUAAUUUCGAUAUUGAUGAAAAUGAUUUUGAUGAAACUAAGCAACAUACAUUAAUAUUAGACUUAUAUAAUAAAUUCGGAACUACAAAACAAAUAACUACAACAACAUUAGAUGAUAAUAAUGAUGCAACAUCAAUCUCUUCAACAAAAAAUUUUAAUGAACCUCAAAUAGCUUUAGGUCUUCGUCGUUCUGGCUUUCAUGUCUCUGGAGUAAUUCGUAAUAGUCGUCAUGCCACGCUUCUUAUUCAAAACGAAAUUGAACCAAUUGUUCUUGAAUCAUUCGAUAAAGUAGAUUUACUUGCUGAUCAAUUUGCAAAACGUUCAGUUAUUGUUGAUGCUGUUGGUUAUACAAAAUCAUUAUCUGAAAUAAUAUUUCAAGCCGCAGUUAAAGCAGGUCAACAACGAACACAACAUGGAAAAUUAGCACAUUAUGCACCUCUUUUUAUUUUUACAUCGGGUAUUAUGACAUAUGGUGAUACAACAAUGUAUGGAUUACGUCCAGUUGAUGAAACAAUUAAACCAAAUCCUCAAACAAUUGAAAUAAAAAAUCGAGAAGAAUAUGAAAAUCUUGUUCUUGCUACAUCAUCAAAUGUUCUUCAUACAACUGUUAUUCGACCAGGUUUUAUUUAUGGUGGUCAUGGUGGUUUUGUUGCUGAUCUUUUCUAUUCAGAAAAGCCAGCUAUUAUUCAUGGACGACGUGAUAAACGAUGGAGUUGGGUACAUAUUGAUGAUUUAGCUGAAGGAUAUGCUCUCAUAGCACGAGCAUCACGUGCAAUUGUAUCUGGACAAAUGUGGAAUUUAGCUGCACCUAAUGAUAAUCCAACAUAUGAAGAAAUAAGAAUAAAUAUGGCUCGUGUUAGUGGACAACAAAUUGAAUAUAAAGAAAAAACAAAUGAUGAUAAAAUUCC